UCUCCCCGGUAUCUCGAAAUCAGUGAAGGCGUAUACAUCGCUCUUGAAUUCAGAGGCGAGGGUUAAUAUAGACUUGAACGUCCGUGUCUGAAUGUGGCGUGUUGAUUUGUCUUUUGGUUAUUACAUGAUAAUGCUGUCUAAACCGGAGUCAUUUAUGCCAUUUAAUUGACUUAAUAUAACCCGUAGUUAUACCAAUCCCAGUCUUCCAAGUAAACGCGAAAGAAAAGUGGAAACUCAAAUCCUUCACGCCAUAGGCUUAUCCUAAAAUAGACUGCCUGAGAGGCACGAACUAUCCCGAAAUGGGAGGUGAGUUCCUAACACUCGACUUCAUUAGAUGCGCUUUUUUGGGGCUUAAUUGUUUCAGGCAAGUUAUCCUAUUUUACAUGUAAACAGAACGGUCACAGUAAAGCAGGUGGAUUGUUUUAAACUGCGAGGUUUCAGCUCCAGGCAUAGAAAUAUGCGUGACGCAUGCUUCGGAUUGUUUUGGACGGUGGCAGAGUUUGGGGUCUGGGGACGCUCCUCGCUGUCGACUGUCACAUGACGCUGUCAGGGAGGGGGCGUGUCCGCAGUGGUCACAUGUGGAGUUCAAGCAAAUGAGUGACCCAAGGCGGAGCCCAUUGUCAUCGGUUCGAUAACUCGAGUUCCUCCCCGAGUCUUGCUGUCAAAACAAACCCUUGUGAUGUUCCUGUUCCUGCAUUGUAACUGAACCGGGGAUGUUUGCCUGCGCCGUAAUGUUAUCGCAUCUGUGUGUUUGCUAACGGACAUCGAGUCGACUGAGGCAUUAGGUUACCAUGGAGCCCGUUACGGCGGGAGAGAGUGGAAUAUUAGAGGCAGUCCAACGGGCCGACCUAGAGCAGUGUGCACGGUUCAUCCAGCUCGACCGCUCUGUUCUCAAACAGAAAGGCUGGGGAGGGUUCACAGCGCUCCACUUCUCUACUCUUCAUGGAAACCGUGCGGUGGCAGAACUGCUGCUGGACAGCGGAGCUGACCCCAACCUGCCGUGUGACGCCGGACAGACACCCUUUCACUUUGCCUGCAGGCAUGGUAACGUGCACAUCAUGCACAAGAUGCUGCAGUGUGGGGUGGACCUUCACAUCCGGGACCACCAGGGCAAGACUGCGAUGCACUACGCUGCCUGCGGGGGGAACGUUAUUUCCAUGCAGUAUCUCGCGGAGACAGGAAUGUUCCGUUUCUCCGACACUGACCAGUUUCUGCUGACCCCUCUGCACCUGUCCGCCUCCAUUGGCAGCGUGGACAUGGUGCGAUACCUGCUGCGAGACAACCGGUGUGCGUCGGAGACGGCAGACCACCAGGGGGCGACAGCGCUGCACAUGGGUGCCGAGCGAGGGUGUGGGGAGGUGUGUUGGGUUCUGCUGCAGAAUGCCGGCCUGAGACUCCUACACGUCAAGACACACACCGGCCACACCCCGCUGGACCUUUGUAACCGUGGCAACUCCUACAGGCACCAGCAGCUUAGCAAGCUCCUGUCCAAGUACAUCAGCAGGCCAGCCGAGCAGAUGCCCAGAGAUUCCUACGUUGUCUACUAUUGGACGCUUCUCCUGCCGUCUCUCAGUGGGGCUGUGGUUCUGAUCAUCGCCACGGUAAUGGGGGAGUAUGGGGGUGUGGUCUGUGGGCUGCUCUUCCCCCUAUUGGCCAGGAGCACUCUGACUCAGUAUCACAGAAUCAGCAGUUAUCAGAGGUUUCCUAAUCCUGUGUAUCUGGGCACACUCUCAGCUGGGAUUCUCCACUCUUUCGUCUGCCUUUUCUACAAGAUCCUCCCCAGUUUGUGGCCGUUCCCUGUGCUGCUGCAUGUGUGUGUGCUGCACUGCUCGGGGCUGCUGCUGCUGCUCUUCUGGAAGGUUCUGUGGCGAGACCCCGGCUGCAUGGGCCCCCCCGACUCCGACACCCGAUACUCCUCCAUCUCCGACCUGCUGGAGCACCGACAGAACCCACAGCGCUUCUGCACCAGCUGCGAGCUGUUUCAGGUGGAGAGCAGUAAGCACUGUCGCCUGUGUGACGUGUGUGUUCUGGACUAUGACCACCACUGCCUCUUCCUCAACCGCUGUGUUGGCCGGGGAAACCACCGCCUCUUCCUGCUCUUCCUGGUUGCCAUGGUGAUGGCCCACAUCCUCUUCCUCACAGCGGGCGGGCUUUACCUGUGGCCGCGCCUCUCGGCGGAGUCCGUUUCCACGGUGAUUGGGCGGGAGGCAUGGGUGGUGGUCCUGUGUGUAAUGAACGCGCUCACACUGGCGUGGGAGCUGUGGUUGCUAAGCGAACAGUUCCAGGUGGUUUCCGUGGGAACGACCACCUACUUCCGGCGUCUUCCGGGGGCGGAGCUCUCCAGGGCGGAGCGAUGGAGGAAUUUCCUGUUCUUCCUCAUUGAGGGCCGGAGCUGUAGGCCAGAAAGGGGAAAUACCUACAUGGUUUAAGGAUUUAAAGUGUGUGUGUAAAUUAGGGCUGAACGAUUUGGGAAAAUAAUCGAAUUGCGAUCCC